AUGGACUACCAUGAAAAUGUGAUGAGUAGCUUGUUUAAGGAAUGGUUUGAAAAGAAGGUGUUGCCAAAUUUGCCUCCAAAAAGUGUAAUUGUAAUGGAUAACGCAACGUAUCACAGCGAACGAAUUAGAAAAAUCCCCGGUGUAGGUUCGACAAAAAAAACAUAUCUGAUUUUUUUGUAUGACAAUGAUUUGUACUUUGAAGAAACAUAUACAAAAAAAGAAAUGUUGGAAGUUCUUCACACAAAAGUGUUUGAGAAACAAUUUGUUAUAGACGAAUUAGCCAAACGUGAUGGUCAUAAUGUAUUGCGAUUACCUCCUUACUACUGUGUCUUCAACCCCAUUGAAUUAAUCUGGAGCCAGCUUAAGGAAAGUUUACGGCGAAACAACUGCUGUUGUUUUAGUAGCGAAUUUAGUAGCGAAUCGGUGUCACAUGUUGUAGAAGAAAUAAAAAAGAUUUCCCCAACACUGUGGCAAAAUUGUGUUUCACAUGUUACAAAAACGGAAGAUCAUUACAGAACAUUAACCUCACAUAUUAAACCAAUAAUUAUAACAUUAGAUAACGAUUCUAGUGAAGAUGACAGCGAUAGUGACAUAGAGUUGUAA